UGACUGUUAACUCCAUUCACUGCUAAUGGUAUAACUGAAGCACUAUUAGCCUUUGUACACAAUGGCUAAGAACCCUGUGAAGUUUUGUACUUGGCUUUAUAAGUAUUUUGAGAGACUAUGGCAGCGCCUUCAGAGAUUCUAUAGAUUAACUAUUAAGUACUUUACUUUGAAGGAAAAAAAGGAAUUUCAUCUCUCCCUAGCUGAGAGUAUUUUUCACAAAGAAAAAAUUGUAGUACUUGGUCAUAUUCUACGGGACCGAUCUUUAAUGAACGACAAGAGAGCUCAAGCUGCCUACAAAAUAGGACUGUUGUCCUUCACAGGAGGCCCAACCGCUGCGAAAUUUGCUGCGGACUACAUGAAAGAAGUCGCUCAGUUACUGCAAGAUGAGAAGCUGAAACCAAAAAUCCAGAUCCUGCUGCUCCAGAGUGUAGCAUGUUGGUGUUAUUUAAACCCUGCCAGCCAGAAAAAAGCCGUGAAACUACAGUUUAUUCCUGUUCUCAUUGAGCUCCUUGAUUUCAAACGUGAGUCCACCAAACGUGAAAGAAGCCUCAGCCUCCUGGUUAAAUUUUGGAUUUGCUAUACACUCUCCGUCAUCGUAUGCAAUAAUGAACUCUGCACAAAGGAGCUUAAAGAACACUAUACUUUAAAAUAUCAUUUGCAAGUAUUGGCUGCGGAAAAUUGGUCUGAAUGGCCUGAGAAUUUUGCAGAGGUUCUAUAUUUUCUGGCUGGUUUUCACAGGUAUUAAUUUCUCUAACUAUCUGAUACAGUUGUCUAUACCACCGUGUUACACAAGCAAAGUGGAAAUAAAUAGUACAUGCCUA